AUGUAGAUAUAUUUUGAUAAGCCUUUGGACAGCACAAGCAGGGUGUUGAAUUGUAUGAAUGGGAAGGUGGAAGUAAGAUUGUCGAUAUUUUUAGCUUCUAUAAAAAGACAAAUCAUUGCUAUUAUACUGUAUAGUUUCAAACAGAAAAUAAUGAAAAGAAAGUUAAAAUAAUAUGAGUUGUUGCAAAUAGAAAAAUGGAAGCAGCUUGGGGCUGCGCAAGUAGUUGUAGUUGCUGCUAAUGUUGGUAGUUGCCAAUAGCAAGAAUAUUUAAAUUUUUGGCAUCACGACUAGGCUAAACGUAUAGUAAUGUUGUAUAUUUUAAUUAUCAAAUGGGUAAUCAAUAAUUGCAAAAAUAAAAAUAGUUAUAAUCUAUUUAAUUUUUGUAUUUUGAUAUAUGUUUGGGGUUUUACUACUAUAGCUCCUGAUGGAGUUGUAAUUAGAGAUUGGAUUCAUCUUCUUCUGCAAGACUAUUGA